AUGUCUACAUGGCAUAUUAAAAGACGAGGGAAAAUAAUACUCGAGAUAAGUAAGAAAAGAGCACUUCUUCAAAAAACCGGAUGUGAUAACGUGUGCGAAGAUCUGCCACUUAUGGAUUUCGAGCCUGUUUGUAUGAUGUUCAGUCGAUAUAAAAAGGGCUACCAGUUCUUUGUCAACCAGUGCCAUGCUCGACGGGCUAUCUGUAUGGAAAAAAUAGUGCUCCACAUGGUUCAUCCCAGCAGGUGCUUCAGGAGCAAACAAUUCUUCAUGCCCUUAAAU